UUCGAAAUAUUUUAUCUUCGUUUCGUUCGGCGCCAAUUUUUUAUGACGCUCAGCAAUCGAUUCAUGGAUCGAUUUGUAAUACGAUAUCGAAUAAUUUUAUAUAACAUCGAUUAUUUUCAACGAAUUUAAAAACCGUCAUUUGUGAUACAGUUUACAACGAACUUAUUCUAACAAAAUACAAUAAUAUUCUAUAAUAAGAAAUUCAUCUCGAAAUAGAAUCGAUACUAAAAACAAGUGUCAAAGUAUUAUCGAUAAUGAGUAUUCCAAAGGAUCAAAGCUAAUAUAUUAUAUGUAAAUAUACAAUAAAAUUUUUAAAAACAAAAUUCUAAAAAGUACUGAUACUUAUAUCUAAUUACGAUCUUCAAAAUGAACUUCAUUUAUUUUCAAAGCAUUACUGUGAUCAUAUUUAUAAUCAUUGUUCUCAUUAAUGCUGAGCAAAGAUUCGCAGAGACUCCAGCAUUAUAUCAAGAAGUUUCCUCCGGUGAUGAUGUGCAAUUACGAUGCAGAGUGCAAGACAAACGAGGUCAGUGUAUUUGGCAAAAAGACCGGAAGCCAGUAGGUAUGCAUCCAGAUAAAUACGAAUGGGCCAGUGGACGUGGUAGUGAUUGCACCCUCCUUAUCAGAAGAGCUUCCCUUGAUUUCGAUGACGGGUAUUGGGAAUGUCAGGUUACUUCUGGCGAUUUCACACGACAGGAUGCACUAACCUCUUUACCAUCUCGUCUUUUAGUUAGAGUAAAACCCCGAAAGCCACGGUUGGAGUACGGAGGGACAAUUUUAAAUUCCGCCCUGACUUUAAGGGAAGGUCAGGAAGUUACCAUUUCCUGUGUAUCAAGAUAUGGAAACCCACCGGCCCUUAUCAAAUGGUAUAUAGGAGGAGACGAAAUAGAACCAUUGAGAGAACAAACAAAUGCAACGGAAGUGGACAGUCCUAAAACUUCAGCGGCCCACAGCCUUCUCCGAGUUCGUGGACAAAGGGAGAACCAUGGUCUGCCGAUUCAGUGCAUCACGAUGCAUCCAUCCAGCAUCGUUCCAGCUUCUGCGGAAACACGAUUGGAUGUGCAUUAUUCUCCUGAAGUGAGAUUAGAGACGAAGCCACGACUUCUAGUUUCAGCCCUUGAGGAUUCGGCCAGUUUUAUGAGCCUGAAAUGCUUCGCGGACGGCAAUCCCAGCGGAACGAUCAAGUGGUUCAAGGAUUCAGCUCCCAUCGCGGUAACAAGCAACAUAGUAACGUUGAUGCUAAACAGAACGCAGCAGAACGGCACGAUGACCGGCUCCGAGCUAAGAUUCGAGCCGGUCAAGAGAAACGACGCUGGUCUCUAUUCUUGCAAGGCGGUCAACAUUAUUGGUGAAAGCACCGCGGCUAACUACAGGCUGGAUGUACAAUAUGGACCGAGGUUAAAUUCAGAAGAUCCUGCUCAUAAUAAUACCAUUAAAAAAUUCGAAGAGACUACUCUACUCGGUACAAGUUUAGAACCUUUUGAGUGUACAGACUUUGAGGCAAAUCCUCCACCUCAAUACCGAUGGAUGCAUCUUCGUGGUGGCGUAACAGAGGCCAUCGAGAAUCCAUUGCAGACCAAAGAUGGUGGUAAACGAUUGCGUUUGGAGAAUGUAAUGUGGUCCGACGAAGGAGAAUAUCGAUGUGUGGCAUUCAACGUGAUCAACGGAGUGCGGAGAGAAAUGCCCAGCGAGGCUCGUUAUAUGCUUCACGUAACCGGACCUCCUGAGAUCCAGGCGAGGCCUUCUUCCGGUGGAAAGGGCAUUUACGAGUCGCUAGGAUGGGCUGGCGAACCGGAACAUAUUUUGAAAUCUCGUUUCUGUUCGAGACCACCACCUAGACUCGUUGCUUGGCAAUGGGGAAGCUCACAUAUCAGAGCUGGUGAAAGUAUUCAUCCAAAAUAUGAAGCAUUAUCGUUAGAGCAUAUCAAAGAAAACGAAAUACCAACAAAUUGCUAUUGGGCAAAAUUGGUAAUCAAAGAUCUCCAAACGGAGGAUGCUAGAAUAUAUACCUUGUUAGUAGAAAGUGAAAAAGGCAGAGAUUCCACUAAUAUCAAGUUAAUUAUUCGUGAUCCAACGGAGAUGAGAGUAAUUGCAGCAGCAGCUGCAGUAGGAUUAUUGUUUCUUCUUCUUUUAAUAUCCAUUGCUGUGUAUUCAGUGUUAAGAUUAAAAAGUAGACAAUAUCGUCAAGAAGAAGAAGAGGGUAGUAUUGCUGCAGAUGCAUUUUAUAGUAAUACACCUACGACAGACAGACAAAAAAAUAUAAACUUGUCUCAGAAUAAAGAAUACACAAGAAAAACGAACUCGGAGGGUGGAUUGGCUGUCACAUAUGACUAUGAUCAGAUCACAAAGCAGGUGCGCGCCAUAAGUCCAGAAGCGCUAAAAGUCAGACGGGCACCAGCUGUUCUUCAACCACCAACCAUUGUGUAAUUAUUAACGUAUCCAUUGCCAUGAUGAUUAUUAGUAACUAACAAUAUACCCCAUUUUAUUGUGACCUGUCUGUUGCCGGUUAUAUUACAUAAACUCAUUCUUAUUGAAAACAGAUCAAUUUUUAUUAUUUAUGAUUAAAAAUAUGAAUUUUUUUUUAGUGUAAAUUACUAAUGAUAUCAUUAUAAAGUUAAUUUUUUU